CCCCGGUGCCCGCUCCCGCCCCGCGGCCCGCUCUCGCCGCCCGCCCCGGCUCGGCUCUCGUCGCCCGCGCAGCCCGCCGCCGCCGCGGGCCGCCCCAGCGCUCCGGCUCGGCUCGGCUCGGCUCGGGGGCGCGCCGCGGCCAUGCAGCGCCGGGGCGCCCUGUUCGGCAUGCCGGGCGGCAGCGGCAGCCGGAAGAUGGCUGCAGGAGACAUCGGCGAGCUGCUGGUGCCCCACAUGCCCACGAUCCGCGUGCCCAGGUCCGGGGACCGGGUCUACAAGAACGAGUGCGCCUUCUCGUACGACUCCCCCAAUUCUGAAGGUGGACUCUAUGUAUGCAUGAAUACAUUUUUGGCCUUUGGAAGGGAACAUGUUGAAAGACAUUUUCGAAAAACUGGACAGAGUGUAUACAUGCACCUGAAGAGGCAUGUGCGAGAGAAGGUAAGAGGGGCAUCUGGUGGAGCUUUACCAAAAAGGAGGAAUUCCAAGAUUUUCUUAGAUCUAGAUACUGAUGACGAUUUAAAUAGCGACGAUUAUGAAUAUGAAGAUGAAGCCAAACUUGUUAUAUUCCCAGACCACUAUGAGAUAGCACUACCCAAUAUUGAGGAGUUACCAGCCCUGGUAACAAUUGCUUGUGAUGCAGUUCUCAGCUCAAAAUCCCCAUACAGGAAGCAGGACCCAGACACAUGGGAAAAUGAAUUGCCAGUAUCCAAAUAUGCCAAUAACCUUACCCAGUUGGACAAUGGAGUCAGAAUUCCUCCAAGUGGUUGGAAGUGUGCCAGGUGUGACCUGCGGGAGAACCUCUGGUUGAAUCUGACCGAUGGCUCUGUGAUGUGUGGGAAGUGGUUCUCUGACAGCUCCGGGGGCAACGGGCAUGCGCUGGAGCACCACAGAGACAUGGGCUACCCUCUGGCUGUGAAGCUGGGAACCAUCACGCCCGACGGGGCAGAUGUUUAUUCUUUCCAAGAAGAGGAACCUGUUUUGGAUCCUCAUUUGGCCAAGCACUUAGCACAUUUUGGAAUUGAUAUGCUUCACAUGCAUGGGACAGAGAACGGGCUCCGGGACAAUGACAUCAAGCCAAGGGUGAGUGAGUGGGAGGUGAUCCAGGAGACAGGAACAAAGCUGAAGCCCAUGUAUGGCCCUGGGUACACGGGUCUCAAGAACCUGGGCAACAGCUGCUACCUCAGUUCUGUCAUGCAGGCCAUCUUCAGCAUCCCAGAAUUCCAGAGAGCGUAUGUAGGGAAUCUCCCAAGAAUAUUUGACUACUCUCCUUUAGAUCCAACACAAGAUUUCAACACACAGAUGACUAAGUUAGGACAUGGCCUUCUCUCAGGCCAAUAUUCAAAACCUCCAGUGAAAUCUGAACUCAUUGAACAGGUGAUGAAAGAGGAAAACAAGCCUCUACAGAAUGGGAUCUCUCCACGUAUGUUUAAGGCCUUUGUAAGCAAGAGCCACCCGGAAUUCUCCUCCAACAGACAGCAAGAUGCUCAGGAAUUUUUUUUGCACCUGGUGAAUCUAGUAGAGAGGAACCGCACUGGCUCAGAAAACCCAAGUGAUGUUUUUCGGUUUUUGGUGGAAGAACGUAUUCAGUGCUGUCAGACCCGAAAAGUCCGCUACACGGAGAGGGUGGAUUACCUGAUGCAGUUACCUGUGGCCAUGGAGGCAGCGAGCAACAAGGAUGAACUGAUUGCCUACGAAUUAACGAGGAGGGAAGCAGAAGCCAACAGAAGGCCCCUUCCCGAGGUGGUUCGUGCCAAGAUACCGUUUAGUGCCUGCCUUCAGGCCUUUUCUGAACCAGAAAAUGUAGAUGAUUUCUGGAGCAGUGCCCUGCAGGCCAAGUCUGCGGGUGUGAAAACAUCUCGCUUUGCCUCAUUCCCUGAAUACUUGGUAGUGCAGAUAAAGAAGUUCACUUUUGGUCUUGACUGGGUUCCCAAAAAGUUUGAUGUUUCUGUUGAUAUGCCAGACCUCCUUGACAUCAACCAUCUCCGAGCCAGGGGGUUACAGCCAGGAGAGGAGGAACUUCCGGAUAUCAGCCCCCCCAUAGUCAUUCCUGAUGACUCAAAAGAUCGCCUCAUGAACCAACUGAUAGACCCAUCAGACAUCGAUGAGUCAUCGGUGAUGCAGCUGGCCGAGAUGGGCUUCCCUCUAGAAGCAUGUCGGAAAGCCGUGUACUUUACUGGAAAUAUGGGGGCCGAAGUGGCCUUCAACUGGAUCAUUGUUCACAUGGAAGAGCCAGAUUUUGCUGAACCACUGACCAUGCCUGGUUAUGGAGGAGUAGCUUCAGCGGGAGCCUCUGUUUUUGGUGCUACGGGAUUGGAUAACCAACCUCCAGAGGAAAUUGUAGCUAUUAUUACCUCCAUGGGAUUCCAUCGAAAUCAGGCUAUUCAGGCUCUACGAGCAACGAAUAAUAACCUGGAAAGAGCACUGGAUUGGAUCUUUAGUCACCCUGAGUUUGAGGAGGACAGUGACUUUGUGAUCGAGAUGGAGAAUAACGCCAAUGCAAACAUAAUUUCUGAGGCCAAGCCUGAAGGACCUAGAGUCAAGGAUGGAUCUGGAAUGUAUGAAUUGUUUGCAUUCAUCAGUCACAUGGGAACAUCUACAAUGAGUGGCCAUUAUGUUUGCCAUAUCAAAAAAGAAGGAAGAUGGGUGAUCUACAAUGACCACAAAGUUUGUGCCUCAGAAAGACCUCCUAAAGACCUGGGCUACAUGUAUUUUUACCGCAGGAUACCAAGCUAAGCUUCAGACAUACAAAUUGGCGAGAAGCCAUAUGCCUUUUUAAUUUGCCAAAAAAUAAAAGUAUGAAGUUGGGACAGCCAAUACAUGGACAGGAAUACAUGGGGUAUUUAUAACUUAUUUAAAGGACAUCAUUUGACGCCUUCUGAAAUAGAACUGGAAAGAAAUUUCUAUUAGUGAUGAUACACAAUUGUAGAUAGUUUUUCUUUUUAUAAAUGUUCAAAGAGAGAAUAACUAAAAGAAUAUUCAUAUUGCUGGUGAGGGAUCUGUCACUGGCACAUCAAAACUAGGAAAGUGCCACCAGCCCUCUGUUUUGCUUUGGAGGGUCAGUGGUGUAACCUCACCCACAAUAAAUGAAAAGCCCACUUUUGUUUCAUAUAGAAAAUCAGUAAUGGGGCUGAGCUCUACUUGUGACAUAAUUUUUUUAUAACACACAGUAAGUUCUGAGCUAUCGAUGUAUAGUAGACUAGAGCAUCUGCAAUGAAAGAUAUUUUUAAUUUAACCCUAUCAACAUUUGUCAUCCGAUUGUGUGAAUGUGUGUGAGAAUGAGCUGGAGAGUGUGAGACCUUUAUAGUCAACUAGAAAAUCUGUGGUGGGUUGGUUUUUAAAGGUUAAAACAGUUGGUAUUAAGGAAAGCUGGAAAGAGCAAGUAAGUAUGUUAAGGAAACUAUAACUCAGGAACUGUUUUAAAAAUUAGUUCCCCACUUAGAUUUUCAGGCAUGCAGAGGGCUGAGUUGUCCCUUUAAGUACUGUCAAGAAUCCACAUGGGUUUGGGACAUGGAAUGGGAGAGCAUCAGAUGACCACAGCAGCCCAGGAUCGUUCUGUGCCAAGAGUAGAUGAAUUCUGUUUCUUAGCAGCCUUUUCUUCUAAGGUAUAGUGUGUAUUUUUUGUUAAAAUGGCUGAUCUAUUCUUACUGUAACAUGUGACAACUCCCUGGACUCACGUUCAGCAUCCCAAAGUUGUCUGGAAUUGUCCUGUCCCUGAGCUUUUUGCCUGCCUCCAUUUCUGUGUUUUCUGGAGCCAGUGUCAUCUCCAAUCCCUCUUGGCCAGUCACCUCCUGACUUGCCCCUCUGCUUAUCUGCUGUGACCAACAGUGUGAUCUUGGGCAAUCUAAGGGGUUCAGGUGCAAAGAAACUUUAUAUGACAUUAUGAAAGACUAUUAUUUCCAUUUUGGUGUUUCAGUAUUUAAAAUGCAACCUGGGAUUAAAUCAUAGUUUCAAAUGUGGUGGAACAAUGGAACAGUAGUGCUCUAUAAUUUUCCAGCUGCUCUGUACCAAAUUCCAAGGUCUCUGGAGUUUCUAUUUCAGAUUACUCAGUCAAAUGAAAAAGGAUUUAUUGCUGUCCACUUAACAUGAAUUGAUUGGUAGAAAGGAUCUUUCUAGAAACUGUAGGAAAGUAAAGUAGAAUCAAUUAGGUAAAAUAUAGCACAGAUGUUGGAUUGUGACUUGGUGAGUUGUGAACAGUCAGGAUUCUGGUUAUGAUCUGGGCCUGUCUCACAUCAUGCCCUGUGGUGGGCGAGGGGUGUGGAGCCUGGAGCCCAUAGCCAGAGACCUGGGUGCUGCCCCAGCUGGGCAGGUCCCUCACCCACCCUUGCCUCACUUUCCUUAUCUGCACAAUGGUGUGAUGACACUCACUCUUCUUCCCAACUGUGCUUUGAGGGUAUGGUGAGAUUUGAUCUGAUGGAAAGAGUAGCAGGUGUAAUACCAUGGUGGAUCCUAGUAGAGUAUGCUCUUUCCCUUCUGUUGUCUGAGGGUUUCUUCAAUUUGGGAACAAAUGUGAUUGGCGUAAGGAGGGAGCUCAUGGUGCAGUAAUUCUCUACUAAACAUGCCCACUGGUGUCACCUUCUGUUGCUGACUUGGGUAUCCUAAAGCAAUCCCACUGUUAUACAAGUCCUUGACCCUGUAGAAAUCCCCAUGCUAAGCAGCCUUACAAAAUCCAGUCUCCUUAGGGCUGAGUAUCAUAGAACAACAACUUCAAACACACAUAAAAAAAUGACUUGUUUUCAAUGUUAUUACAAAGUGAAGGCCUUUUUUGGGGGGGUGGGGGGAUUAUUGGAAAUUUGACUUGAAAUGUGGACAAAGGUAGUAAGUGUAUUUUGAACAAAAUAAAAAUUUUAUAAUAAAACUUUACAAAAAAAAUGGUGUAAAAUCAGUAUAUAACACUAUAGGGUACACAUUAUUUAAUUUCAUUAAGUAGAGAAAUAAAUUUAGCCCUUUUGAUGCCUAAACAUAUUGUAAGAAAGUGUAAUAUGGUUGCCUUUUUUUAUGCCUCACUAACAAAGGGCUAUUUCUACAAGGCAAAGUUUUGUAUAUAUGCUAUUCUUUCUUUCAGAUUGAGAGUUGGGACAAACUGGAUCAAGUAAUAGAUUUCUUUCUUGCUUAAAAAUAUAUUUAUAUGUAUACAUUAGUAUAUAGAAGGCAGAAUUUCCUGGAAUAAAAGUCUGGAGCAUACUGCUUAAUUUUGCAUAUGAAGAGAUUAUUUGUGACUGAAAACUGGAAUAACGUGUGGAUUUUGUCAGACUAUCAGCCUGUUAGGAGUCCUUAGUGAAGUGUGGUGGUAUAAUUGUGAAAUUCUCUCUGUGUGUGGGUGUAUGUGUGAAAGAGAGCACUUUUUCCCUGUAAAUAUCUUUUGAUAUCCAUUUGUGUAAAAUCCCAAUGAAUGUGUCUUUGGAAAAAUGUAUCAAAGUUGUUAUUUUGUCAGUUAAUUGAAAUGCCCACUUAACUAAUCAGAAAUCAAGUUUCGUUCAGAUUGGGAUUUUUUUUUAAGGGAAAAAAAGCAUGCAGAGUGGAUUAUAGGAAGAAUCGUGUUUUAAUGCCAUUUUACACCAACAUCACUUCAGUGUUUUGAAUUGACUUGGCUGUUUUCUUCCAACUACAAGAGAAUGUGCCUGCCAUCCCCCCAAUGCUUACGUUGGACUGCAGGAAGCCCAGUGCAAGGAGCUUGGGCCUGUGAUGCCCAGCACCCUUUGCUCCCUUGACCUGAGCUGGGCUGAGCCUUACUUGCGGUUCGUAGUGAGAGCACUUGGGUUUGUAGCCCGACUCUGUUUGUAAGUGUGAUGGGGCCCAGUCACUUUACCUCUCUGGGCCUUUCCUUUAAUGUGAGGAGAUUAGACUACAGAAGCUCGGAAGUCCUUUGCUCCCCUAACAUUUGAUUCUAUUUUUAUUUUCUGUGGUUACUCCUGAGAUCAGACAUGUCAGAUGUGAGGGAUCACCUAGGGGUUGGAUGCCAUGUUUUUGGUUUGUUAUAGCUCCCACACCCCAGUUGAGAAUCUGGGUCCUUUUUAGUGCCCCCAUCUCAACUUCUAUUCCCACUUUCUUUGGUAAUUACCCCAUUACCCCCCAGCUCUUUAAAUUCUCUACUUCUCAGUCUAUGAGGUACUUUGUUACCAUUCCCCUCAGAAAUGAAACAGCCAUUUAAAAUACCUGCUGCCCUGAAAAACCUCAGAACUACCUUCAGUUAAACUUGUGACAAGCAUGGAAUAGUUUCUUAUUCUAAUUCAGCUGUGGCUAUGUUCCCCAAGUAAGUGCUGAGGAAGUUGUCUAUCAGAGAAAGGAUGUCUUUUCAUCUUUCAGACAUCACUGUAGCUAAAUUAUAACAUCUUUGUUGGUCACCUACGGGGAGAUGGCAGGUGACAGGCAUAGGACCAGGGGAUGAGAUUAGAUAAAAUGUGAUUCCUAUCCUUUCCCUUAAGUCAGAAAUCUAGGUUACAGACCAAGGAUCUAUACCAUUAAGUUGGUGUGAAAGAUCACCUACACAGUGCCGUGGAGAUUCCCUACUCAGUAAAUCAUCCUGAAAGAGUUUGUAUUAAGAUUCUCUAGACCUGUGCUAUUUGAUAGAGUAGUCAACAGCCACAUGGGGCUAAUGAUCUCUUGAAAUUUGGCUUGCCCAAAUUGAGACUGUGCUGUACACAUAAAAUACACACCAGAAUUUUAAGGCUUGGUACCAAAAAAAAAGCUAUCAUUUUAUAUUAAUAACAUGCUAAAAUGACAAUAUUUUAGAUAUAUUGAAUAAGUGAUUACUAAAUUUCACUUAUUCCUUUUUAUCAUUUUUUUAAAUGUGGCUACUAGACUGGAUGGUGUGGGCGGGGCUGGCAGCACCGUGCCGUAGGUAGGGAAGGCCAUUGUCCCAAGCAUCCGGACAGAGAAGCACAUGCAUUUCCACUGGAGGCGGGAGCACUGUGAGGCAGAGAAUGUCCUCCGGAAAGCAGAAGGUUUUUCUAUGUAAAAACCAAUAUGUAUAGGACCCCAAAGAAACAGAAGUAAAUGAGCCCCAGACCCUGUUCCUUCAGCUUUGCCUAGAAACUGCUAACUUUGCAGUUACUUUUCAAACAUCUUCCAGGUGCCAAGGAUGUGAGGCACGUGAUGGUGCUGGGCGUAUUUGUUUCACUUUAGGCAACAUUCUCUUGUGGUUUCCCCUCCCCAGGCAUUGUCUAGUCUCUUCUUUUCCGAGCUGGGUGUGUUGAAAUACUGUGUAAAUCUUGCCACCCUCGAUGUACUGCUCCUCGGCCUUGGUGGAGACUGAGGCUGUUGCCAGCAUCCUCCUGCCCAGCAGGUUCUGAUGCUGGCUCCUGAAAGAGUUUGUAUUUAUUUUAUUUUGCACUAGUCACAGUUGUUGAAACUAUCUCAAAUGUUUUGGGAGAAUAUUUGCCUGUGAUGGAAAGAGAGAUGGAUGAUUUAUUGCUUCAAUUGUUUUAAAAUUAAAAAGCUAUUCUCACAA